AAAAUAACAUUAUCAGCAGGCGGCAUUGUCACAAAAAUGCUAUUUAGGUAAUGCCCAACAUGCAUCAAAUUCAACAGUUAAGGCGUUUCGUUCCCAACCAUUUCCCACUCAAAUUCCCACACUUUCGCGCCACCCAAACAAAACCUUUCAGCACGCCAUCUUCCCUCUUGAACCUCUGCACAAAACCCCAACACCUUCAACAAAUCCAUGCCAGGUUCACCCUUCAUGGCCUUCACCAAAACCCAGCACUCUCUUCCAAACUCAUCGACUCCUAUGCCAAUCUUGGCCUCCUCCAUCUCUCCCAACAAGUCUUCAAUUCCAUUAGCAACCCAAGUUCACUUCUUUACAACGCGAAUUUGAGAAGUUUGUCAAAUUUUGGUGAACAUGAGAGAACCCUUUUGGUGUACCAAGAAAUGGUCAUGAAUUCCAUGUACCCAGAUGAAAAUACUUACCCUUUUGUUCUGAAGUCAUGUUCUUGUUUGCCAGAUGUUCAAUAUGGGAAAAGGAUUCAUGGGCAUGUGGUGAAACUCGGUUUUGAUUCAUUUGAUUUGGUGGAUACUGCUUUGGUAGAGGUGUAUAGGAACUGCGGUGAUUUUGACAAUGAGCACGAACUGGUUGUGAGAAAGUCUGUAUGUGAUUUGGAUUCUUGGAAUUCUUUGAUUUUUGAGGCUUCUCGAGAAGGAAAUGCCCAGGAGUGUUUUCGGCUUUUUGAGAGAAUGAGAAUGAAGAGAGUCGAGCCGGAUUCGGUUACUAUAAUUAACUUGUUAAGGUCAAGCGUUGAUCUGAGCUCGUUACUGGCGGGAAAGGUUAUUCACUGUUUGGUUGUUGUGAGCAACUUGUGUAAGGAUUUGGCAGUGAAUACAGCACUAUUGUCCAUGUAUGCCAAGUUGGGUAGUUUGGAAGAUGCACAAUUGCUAUUUGAGAAAAUGCCCGAGAAGGACACUGUUGUUUGGAAUAUAACGAUAUCAGCAUAUUCUCGAAAGGGGUACCUCGAGAAAUCCCUUGAACUAUUAAGGUGUAUGGUAAGAUCAGGGGUUAGACCUGAUUUAUUCACAGCAUUACCUGUGAUUUCUUCAAUUACACAGUUAAAGUCUAUUGAGUGGGGCAAACAAUUGCAUGCCCAUGUGAUAAGAAACGGUUCAGACUAUCAAGUAUCAGUCCAUAAUUCUCUUAUUGACAUGUAUAGUGAAUGUGAUAAUUUGAAUUCUGCAAGGAAGAUUUUUGACUCAUUGAUAAACAAGACUGUGGUUUCAUGGAGCGCAAUCAUUAAAGGAUAUGUGACCCAUGAUCACUCUGUCGAUGCUUUGUCUCUCUUUGCCAUGAUGAAAGCAGGAGGAGUAAGAGUUGAUUUUGUUAUAGUUAUUAACAUUUUGCCUGCUUGUGUGAAUAUUGGGGCAUUAGAAACUGUAAAAUACCUUCAUGGUUACUCAUUGAAAUUUGGCCUCAACCUACUUUCCUCUGUUAAUACGGCACUGCUCAUCAGCUAUGCAAAAUGUGGAUGCAUAGAAAUGGCCCGGAUGAUUUUCGAUGAGGAGAAAAUCAAUGGAAAAGAUCUAAUCAUGUGGAACUCUAUGAUCAGUGCAUAUGCUAAGCAUGGAGACUGGUCUAAAUGUUUUGAGUUGUACAACAAAAUGAAGCAUUCUAAUUUUAAACCAGAUCAAGUGACCUUUCUUGGGCUAUUGACAGCAUGUGUAAAUUCAGGCCUCGUUAAAGAAGGGAGGGAGUGUUUCAAGGAGAUGAUGGAAACCUAUGGUUUCCGGCCAACCCAAGAGCACUAUGCUUGCAUGGUUGAUUUAUUAGGGCGUGCUGGGCAGAUGGAUGAAGCCAGAGAACUUAUAGAAACUAUGCCGUUCAAACCAGAUGCUCAGGUAUGGGGACCAUUGUUAAGUGCUUGUAAGAUGCACUCGGAAACCAUGGCUGCGGAGUUUGCCGCUGAGAAGCUUAUAACUAUGGAACCGAAAAACGCUGGAAAUUACAUAUUGCUCUCCAAUAUUUAUGCUGCAGCUGGAAAGUGGGAUGGGGUCGCUAAAAUGAGGACCUUUCUUAGAGAUCGAGGAUUGAAGAAAACCCCUGGCUCUAGCUGGCUAGAAGUAAAUGGACAUGUACAUGAGUUCCGUGUUGCCGAUCAAUCGCAUCGUAGUUCGGAUGAUAUAUACACCAUUUUAAGAAACCUGGAGUCCGAAAUCAAGGAGGUUAGAAAGAAGAGUUCAGAAACAGUGUCUUAGACUUCAAUUUUGUUCGUUGGAGAAGUUUUUGAAAAGAUUUUACCCUCUUAUGAUGUCUCUAAAUGCAGAGUGCAUCUGAAUGCCAUUAACAGCCUUGUACUGAGAUGGAUUCAUAUGGGUUGAUAUCAAAAUAGGUAAUAUCACAAGAAGAGUUUUAGUAGAGUUCAAAAUUUUAGCUACCAUUUCAUGGAGCUUUUUUGAUUAGCAGCCACCUAAGGUAAGCCAAUUUUCAUGUUCAGAGGCUUCUUUUCAUGGUUUGCCUUGGAUAUUACUUUCAUGGAAAAGGUAAGGCUGCUUUAGUGAUUGGAAGAGUACUUUGGGGAACAAGCUAUUGCAGAAUUCCAAGAGAACCCUAGAAUUCUUUCUCAGUACCUGGAUUCGUCCUUCUAAAACUAUACUGACUUGUCCCGGGAGAGACAGCGGCUCAAUAUAAAACUGCCACUGAAUUGUCUUAUUUCCAAUCCCAACAAGGAAUGGUUUCUGAGAAUUUGCUUUUACCCUAUCAAUAUAAAACCGAUUACGUGGAUGCCUAAAAGUUGUCUUGCAUAUUCGCAUGGAAUGAGAGGCCUGGACAAAUCAACUAUGCUAAGUCACUUUGUUUCUUUUUUCCAGUUUCACCACUACAAGUAUCUGGAUUCUCAUGUUUGCAUUGUUUUACGAAUGUGGAAAUUGAGUUACUGCAAUAAGUGCAGCAAAAAAAAAUUAUGUUCUGGUGUGCACAGGGAUGAGGGUAUUUAUAUGAACAUGAUAGACUUUUUAGAAGAAAUUA